AUGGAGCACUACGGACUUCCAGCAGCGGCAUUGACUUUCGCUCUGAGCAAUGCCAGCGGGUUGGCAAGAGUUGUGGCAUCACUAGGCGGGUACAUGAUCUUCACAACGGGAAUCCUGUUGUCAGAAGCAUUGGGCUACAACAUUGGGUCCUUGGAGGAUGCAGCGGCUUUAAUUGUGUUCUUUGACCUGGGCUCCUGCUACACGGUUUGGACACUCCGAGCCCACAUCAACCUGCGGUUCUUACUGGCAAUGACGCUUCCAUGGAUGAUCUGUGAGCUCAUCGGCACGAGGGUGCUGAUCGUGAACAGUGAGUCGCCCUGGAUGAAGCGCUCUUUCGGAAUUCUCCUAUUUGUUGUGUUAGUGGUCGAUGCCUUUGAGCAGUAUCGUCGAAAUCGGCAUGCAUCCAGCACUGGCAGCGACACCUCACCGCAGAAGGCGCAGGCCCUUGGCCAUCCGACUUUUGCCGGUCGCGAACUGGAGGAUGCACCAACUACGCCUCCCGCGGAGCCCGCGGAAGCAAAUGCCGAGGACGAUGCAAGCGAAAGGGCACGAGUCUUGCAGAAGCGGCCUGCCCCGGUUGGAUUUGACGUGUCAAGGCCACGGGACCUCGCCAAGGCCAUUGCUCUGGGUGCAACUGGUGGCCUACUGAAAGGCAUGUACACGGUCCCCAUGCCGGCCCUGACAAUGUUCAUCCUUUUCUCCGGCAUUGACAAAGACACCUGGCGAGCCAAUGCCGUCCUCAAUGCAGUGGCAGGGUUGACGACCAAGGCAUACUACCUCUUCGUACUCGAGAACCGUUUCGAUGAAAGGAGGAUACCCCAGUACAUAGCGACAGUCCUGGGAGUGAUCUGUGCGACUCCACUCGGAAACUUCAUUGCGAGGCGAAUCAACAAAGAAACCUUCAAGGACUUCGUUCGCGCGAUGACUUUCACGGGCGCGUGCUCCAUGCUUGCCGCGGGGACCGCCGCGGCGGUGUGGGCAGUGCUGUCUGCCUUUAGCUGUUCGUGCGCUGUGGCGUUUUGUCGUUUCCGUGCACGAGCUCCAAGCCCAACCUCGCAACAAUCCGGAGAAGGCGGGAGCCAGAUGGCGAGCGGCUCGGCUCCUGUCCGGGAAGAAGCCCCGACAGCCAGCGUUUGA